ACCGUCGUCCUCGAGCGCAGCACCCGAUAGCGCACGAUAACCACCCCAGGCCGUCGUGCCAGUGUACCUCGUUCUCGAGCUCCAGUAGAGAUGGUUGAACUCUUCGGCAAGAAAUAUGCAUGCGAGCCGUGCAUCAAGGGUCACCGGACGACUGGCUGUAGGCACGCCGACCGGCCGCUUGUCGAAGUGCGCAGGAAGGGUCGUCCAACGACCCAAUGCGGCCAUUGUCGAGAGCUACGGAAGGUCAAGCAAGUCACUAUACAUUGCCGGUGCGUGAAGGAGGGAGAGACUGCGGACGAUGGCAAGUGUUGCUGUGGAAAGGAUAAGCGAUGUGCUUGCUGGACGCCGAGGAAGAGUCACGUCGUCAAAGGCAAGAAGGCGAAGGACGGUGACACUGGCGGGAGUGGCGGUGCAGACGACGGCAAUUCCAACCGCCGUCCUAGCCCCGGGGCCUCACGACAUCCAGCCCCAUCCCAUGGUCAGCCAACCUCUUCAGCCGCAGACUCAGAGCCGUCAGCUCGAGGAAGUCAACCACCUGGCACCUCGUUGACUCGCUUGCACGAACAUGGCUACAGCCCGUAUAGUCAAGCUUACGAACGCACGCGAGCUGCUGUCCCUUCAGUCCCAGAUCCCCUUCCUUCUUUCGAGCCGUAUAUAUCAGCAAACUCGCUCGAAACUACCGCCGUUGCGUCGUCCGCCGCGGACGACGUCUUCGCUGACCUCCUCGCCCCCGCCUCGUCCAGAGAUGCAACGCCCGUGUCGGUCUCUUCGGCAGCCACGUACCCGAGCGCCGACGUCCAGCUACCGGUUCCAGACUCCCUCGACGAGCCGCGGGUGAAGAUCGAGUGUGACGAGGGCGGAUGUGGCGACCUCUGCUCGUGCCCACAUGAGCCCACGAUCACAGAGCCGUUCCCGACGUGCAAGAAGCCAGCUGCCUGCACGACGGCCUGCCUGAGCUGCUUCAUCAUGACCGUCCCGCCCGACGAGUGCUUAGCGACGGGGAACCUCCUCGGUGACACCAGCAAUACGGUUAACAAUUCCGGAUCUUCGGCAACGUGGGAGGCUCCUGGAUUUUGGGGCGCCCCGAACGAGGCGAGUAGGGACGCGGCAAUGAUGGAGGCGCGUAUGCAGAACUUGUUCAAGGAUGUGACCGCGGUUGGUGGCAUGGACAAUGCUGGCAGCGACCCGUACGGGUUCGACGUCGUGGGAAAUGUAGGCGAACUGUCUUCUGAUUUUCUACAGUCUGCGUCGAGGCAGUGGAACUAAUAGCAAUAUACCUACCGCAGUACGGACCCGGUAAUUGUCAAGGAUGACCUGCUUUCGCGAUUUUUCUGUACAAUAGCGUCGCACAUAGGUCCGCCCCAUUAUGGUGUUCUUUGUCUGAGUAAUCGAUGGAAUUUUGUCCAAUGGU